UGUUACUCCCACCUUAUAUUCUUGAAUUCUCAUACACUGUACAACCAUGACCUUUUCGUUACCGUAAUACUAAUAUUCACCUUCAUGCUUCGACCAUUGGGUAAAUUCGUCAAACCUACUAUAUUUUUAUGGAAACGAUUAUCAUCAAAUAAUGCGGUUCGUAAGAUACGAAAUGUUGGAAUCAUUGCUCACAUAGAUGCGGGAAAAACAACGCUGACCGAAAAAAUGUUGUACUAUGGAGGUUAUACUAAUCAAUUCGGAAAUGUCGACACUGGCAAUACUAUCAUGGAUUAUCUACCUUCAGAGCGUGAAAGAGGAAUUACUAUCAACUCUGCAGCAAUUACAUUUCCAUGGAGAGGACACACUAUAAAUUUGAUUGAUACUCCUGGUCAUGCAGACUUUACUUUUGAGGUAGAACGGUCAGUUGCAGCUUUAGAUGGUGCAGUAGCAAUCUUGGAUGGUAGUGUCGGCGUUGAAGCGCAGACAAAAGUAGUGUGGGGUCAAGCAACUCGAUAUGGCAUUCCCAAAGUAAUUUUCGUUAACAAGAUGGACCACAUUGGAUCAAGUCUUUCAAAAACAAUGCGGUCUAUAUAUACUCAAUUGGAAUGUCACAAUCCAGUUAUCCUUCAGCUUCCGGUAUUUUCAGAAUCAUUUGAGGAGAAGAAAUUUUUAGGCGUAAUGGACGUUCUCCGACAGAAAAUGAUCCUUUGGGACGUAUCUGCGGACCCAAUAUCCCAUGAUGGUAAACAUGUUCGCGAAUUCCCCAUACCUGAAGAGAAUAAGGAUGAAUUUCAAGAAGCAAGAGAAGCCAUGGUAAUGGCUCUUUGUGAUCUGGAUGAAACUCUGUGUGAUGAAUAUUUGCAAACUGAAAACGUAAAUGCAUUUUCGGAAGAACGGUUGGCUCCUGUUUUACGAGAGCAAUGCAUCAUGGGAAAUAUCGUCCCAGUUCUAUGUGGAUCCUCGUUGAAGAACAUUGGUGUUCAACCUGCUUUGGAUGCAAUAGUUGAUUAUCUUCCUGAUCCUGUCGAGGCUGAUAAGCUUAUGAAAAAAGAAAUCACUAAUGUCACCAACAAUACUGCUUUAAAAAAUCUACCUCUGUACGCGCUAGUCUUUAAAGUAAUUCAUACACCAACUAGCGGGAUUCUGUCCUACGUCCGCGUGAGAGAGGGAACUUUGAAACGGGGAACGAUGAUCUUCAACCCGAGGACAAAAAAGACUGAGCGUGCUAUAAGAAUAUAUAAUGUAUAUGCUGAUCAGACUGAGGAAGUAAACGAAAUCUCUGCGGGAAACAUAGGUUUGAUAGGAGGUUUAAAAGAAUUUCAUACUGGUGAUGCCAUCACCACAAAAACUAAAGGUAAAGAACAACCAUAUCUAAAAAAGGAGAGUCUUUCUCAACUACAUAUACCUAUUCCAGAACCAGUUUGCAUGGCUGUCUUAGAACCAGAAUCUUUAAAAGAUGAACCAAAGUUACUAGAAGCACUGGCGAGUUUAGUUCGUGAAGACCCUUCUCUUAGAUAUACACAGAAUAGUGAAAGCAAUCAGUGGAUUUUAGAGGGAAUGGGAGGAUUACAUCUGCAAAUCUCGCACCAACGGCUCGUGAAUGAUUUUGGUGCUCGAGUAACUUUAGGAAAGCUUCAAGUAGGAUAUCGUGAAACCAUUGCAAAGCCUUAUAAUUUUACUGAAGACGAUCCUUCUUCGGAUAUAUCACUGCAUUUACGAUUAUAUCCGUUAGACGGAAGCAUCGACACCGUUGAUUUCUCCAAGAGUGCCAACCAUGUUCAGGAAGGAUUUGUCUUCCGGGGCUGGACCCAGAAUGCUUCCGUUACUUUUCCAGAAAAUAUAGACUCGUCUUCUAUUAACGAGCAUUUGUUCUACGGUAUUUUAGCGGGUUUAUCUCAUGGGCCACUAUAUGGAUUCCCCCUCUGGAACGUUCAAGCAGAGAUCCAUAUCAAUGCUUGCUCUUUACCAUCCUCUGGUUCUUUUUCUUCCCUAAGUCCUUUGGCGAUUCUAGCUCAGGCAGCGUCAAAAGCAACUCGACAGGCCGUUCAAAGACUGUAUUCUCAGUCUCCCAACGCGUUUUCCAUUUUGGAACCAUAUAUGGAUAUAACCAUAACAACUCCAGAUGAAUAUUUAGGUGUCAUUACUAAAGACUUGGUUGGAAAGAGAAAUGCUGUUAUCCAUGAAAUUGUUGAUGAUACAAGUACCGAUCCUCUAGGAGAGUCAGUUUCAUUAGAAAACGCGGCGAGCAAUAUAGCAAAAACGAAGUACAUCCCAAGAGAAACCUCUGCAUAUUCCUCUGUCGAAAAAGAAUAUAAAACGCAAAAUGAAUCGUAUUUUACCUCUAAAACCAAGCGUGUUUCUGCACAAGUUCCCAUGGAACGACUGCUUGAUUAUAAUUCGGUAUUAAAAGCUUUGGCUAAAGGUAAUGCAAGGUUUACAAUGUCUCAUAUUCAGAAUCCUUCUUCUACAUCUUCUCCAACCCCGUCUUCAUCCUUCCUACCCAUGUCCACUGAACGCCAAAAGCAGGUUUUUGCUACUGAAAUGUUUUGAGGUUCAUGGGAGAAAUAAAAACAUGAGUUUAUUUAUAUAAAAUUGUUAUGAUUAUUAUAGAAUUCUUUACUCCAAAUUCUGUAUUUUGAAAUUUCGUUUUCUAUACCUUUCGGUGUACGUGAAUUAUUGUAUUCUUACGGAGUUGCGUACUUGCGGUAAUUCACGCUUCUAUAAACUUACCCUUAACACAUAUCACCACUUUUCAC